UUGCAGCUUGCAACUAUGACUCCAAUUAUUGAGACUCCAAAUCAUCAAGCUCCCAAAUCGCAUCAAUCUUCACUUAAAAGGAUCCUUUCAUCCUUGACCAGCAGUGCAGUUGCUGCACAUCCUUGGCACGAUCUUGAGAUAGGACCUGGAGCUCCAGCAGUUUUCAACUGUGUGAUUGAAACUGGUAAGGAUAGUACGGUGAAGUAUAAACUUGACAAAAAGACUGGACUGAUGAAGGUUGACCGUGUACUUUACUCAUCUGUUGUGUACCCUCACAACCAUGGCUUCAUCCCCCGUACUCUCUGCGAGGACAAUGACCCCAUGGGCGUCUUGGUUGUCAUGCAGGAACCAGUUCUUCCAGGAUGCAUUCUCCGGGCUAAAGUAAUUGGCCUCAUGUCCAUGACUGAUCAGGGAAAAAAAGAUGACAAGAUAAUUGCAGUAAGUGUUGAUGAUCCUGAGUACCGACACAUCACUGAAAGCAAGGAGCUCCCUCCACAUCGUUUGGCUGAGAUCCACCACUUCUUUGAAAAAUAUAAGAAAUAUGAGAACAAUGAAGUUCUAGUUGAUGAUUUUCAUCCAGCCUCAAAAGCCUAUGAAGCAAUUGAGAAAUCAAUGGAUCGCUAUGGGGACUACAUAACGGAGAGCUUGGAAUGA